GAGUCUAUGAGAGAAUUCCCGGGGGAAUUUGGAGAGGUGUAGAGGCAAAACCCCAAUGAUAACAUGCCACACAUUGUUUUCAUUCAGUAGACUGGAUAUUUACUCCGUGGGGUAGCUUCAGCGUCGAUAAGAGAUAAGAAAAUAAAUCGUGAAUAAAUUGCUGUUGCAUUUCUCCGUCGCAAUUACGCUCGGGCCGCAAAAUCAUCAGUCCCCGCGUCUUUCCCGAUAAAGUCCUCUCACCUUGGAUUACCUUGUUUUAAGUAAAAUCGUGCCUCCUCCCCUCCUUUUCUGUUCGUCAAUGCCUCGAUCUUCAUGAAUCUGACUUCUGCGAGGCGGGCCACAGUCCUGGUCCGGACUCUGGCUGAUCGUCGCAUCUAUCUUGUUUUACCAAAGCGUUUCUACACGUCCAAUUCCCCGACCCCUUCGACCAACGGCACCCAGGCAGUAAAGAAGCCUGAAUUUCACGACUACUUUGUGACACACCUACCAUCCUCCUCUCUUCACCCAGAUCCCCGAGCACCAGUUAGAUCCUUUCAGAAUCUUCCUCGCUCCGCCUCUGUUCCUCACGUAGGGAAAUCAUCCCACCCUCCAGCUUCCUUCCAGCCGCUGGUCGACCGGGAGACGACUGUCGUCCGCAUCCCGCUUCGCAGUGCGAAGCAUCAUUUCGGCGCCUCUACUUCCCGAGGAACCCGUCCUGAGAAUGAAGACACAUAUCAAGCCGGCGUGAUUGACAUCCCCGCAUUUGCGAAACGCCCCCCUGCAUCCCUGACGAUCAAACGACCUGGUGCCAAGGGCUCCCCUGCACCCCGCGAGAACCAGGGAGCGGAGACCGCCAGCGGCGAUCCGCAGGUCUUCUAUUUCGGAGUAUUUGAUGGCCACGGGGGAACUGAAUGUAGCACGUUUCUACAAAAUACGCUUCAUGAAUACAUACAGGAUUCAGCAGCGGCGUUCGAGCUUCAGUCCAGUCUGGGGAAAAACCGGGAGGGCCAUUAUCUCAAGGACGCAGAGUCCUCACCUGGAAAUUUGCCUAUACUUCAGGAUGCUAAUCCGCAGAUAAUCGGGGAAUUGGAAAAGCAUCUAGUUCGAGAUUGGAGAACCUUGGUUGGGGGGUACUUCAAGAGGUUUGUGCCUCCUCACUUCUCACAUAUCGGGAAAGGUCCCCGCGGAGAGCCAAUGUUACUAUCCGAUCCACCCGAAGGAGUGACCAUCGAAGAGGUAUUAGAAUAUGCCUUUCUUCGUACCGACCUAGAAUUUGUGUCGGCACAAGCGGCAAAGCAAAGUGAUGAAUUGGAGAAUGUCGGUCACCCCGUAUACCAGGAUAAUAUCCUCUAUGGCCGUGAUCGUACUCCGUCUUUGCAUAUCGGGGGAGUGAGACGAUUCAAGGGUGGUAGCACGGCCAGCAUUGCGCUCAUAUCUACCCCGACGUCUACCCCUUUCUGGCAUCCGGCCAGCCCGUCUAGCCUGCUAGUGUCUCAUGUUGGUGACACGCGAAUACUAUUAUGCUCUACGGUGACAGGCGAGGCCAUCCCUCUCACCUCAGACCACCACCCGUCGUCCCCGAUUGAAGCGAAUCGAUUACGGAGAUUUGCCACUACUUUUGUGACCGACUCUUUUGGGGAAGAGCGCAUGAGCGGAUUGGCCAACACUCGAGCAUUUGGUGAUGUCCAAUCGAAACGGAUCGGCGUAUCGGCAGAGCCUGAACUUCGUAGAAUUGAGAUGGCUCCUGCAGAGUACUCGUUCUUGGUGCUUAUGUCCGAUGGCAUCAGUGGGACGCUCAAUGACCAAGAAGUAGUUGACAUCAUUAAGGAAGCCAGGACUCCCGAGCAAGGGUCUCGGGAUGUGGUUAGCUUUGCAACGGAAGUGACGAAGGAGGGAGACAAUGCCACCUGCCUCGUCGUCCGGCUUGGUGGUUGGGAGCGACGACUCGAGGGUGGGUUAGGAAGUCUGGGGACGAAGGAAUCCCGAGAAUGGCGCCGGCAAGAAGCGACUGAUCCGCGCCGAUCACGACGAUGAUCGUGAGUACUCAUUUCCAACUUGAGGUUAUGUAAAUAUUGUUCUUACUAUCACUACUUUUUACUUUGUGGGCUCUGGGCUUUCGGUCACACUGUACAUACACAUAUACCAAAUCUUCACAAUAAAUGGGAGUCACUUUGUACCAACGGAGAACUUGCAAAGUAAUGAAAUGUGGAGUGAGGACAUAAAGUUACCUCCGCCAAAAAAAAAAAAAAAAUUGAGACAGUUGCCUGGGACUAU